UAAUACUUUAUAAACAAAAAUGUGUGCGUGUACAUUUUGCCCGACUUGUCCGCCGAUCCUGCCGUGUGGCACCGGACCGUGUCGUUACUACUGCUGCCCCCCGCCGCAGUGCUGCCAGCCGUGCGUCCCGCCGCCCGUGCCCUGCACCCCGUGCCCCCCUUGCAACUGCUGUGCGAGGUUUCGGCCGUGCCCGGCGCCGGUCAUUCCGGACAUAGUUCCGCCAAUCGUGCCGUGCCUGCCGCCGUGCAAGCCCCGCCGUUGCCCGGCGCCUGAACCGCCGCCGUAUUGCCCGCCGAGACCGGUGUGCUGUCCUCCAGUAUUACCUUGCUGUCCACCUCCCGAGCCAUGUGAUCCCCCACCAUGUCGACCUUGCCCGGAACCUAUACCAUGUUACCAGCCAGUAUUGCCCUGCUGCAACCCCCAAUGCCCUCCUCCAAUAAUUCCCAAACAACGGCCGAUUUGCCCGAGAGCCCCACCGUGUCCGUACCCUUGCCUGCCCGUCUGCCGUAGCUGCUGCCCCGAGAUCUGUGGACUAGACCCCGUGACGCGGCGACGCCCGACGAUAGUGCACAACAGUGUAGUGACGAGGAAGAUUGAUAAUAGCAGACAGCCGGUUCCCUGCUGUGUCAACCACUUGGCCGUGCCCUGAUCUAGUGAAUCUGGCUGUCCUUGUUUUGGUAACGUUUUAGUAAUGUUCGAUGCAAGUAUUGUAUAAUGUUUUGGAAAAAU